CCCUCUCCCCUCCUUCCCCUCCCUCUCCCCUCCUUCCCCUCCCUCUCCCCUCCUUCCCCUUCGUCUCCCCCUGACGCCGGCCAUCCCCCUGCGCCCCGGACCCAUGUACCCUCGUGCGGCCGAGCGACUGUGGGUCCUCUGGCUGACCGUCUGGCUGGGUGCCUGGGUCCCGGGACGCCUGGCCGCCCUUUCCCCAACUCAUGGAUCCCCCGCGGCCAGCGACAACCCGCUGGCCGUGACGGAUUACAUCCUGGAUCCGGACGGCUACAUGCUGAUGGAGCUGCAGCUGGAGCCCCACAUACUCGUGGACCCGGACUACGAGUAUGAUCCGCGCCUCCCAUGCGACGACUCCAGCGAUGGCUACACCAGGCUGUGCGAACCCCCGAAAGUCUACUACAAAAAUGGCUGCGUGGACGCCUGUCCGUCGGACCAUUUCAUGAACCCCUUUUCGCGGGCGUGUAUCCGGUGCGGGGCCAAGUGCCUGUCGUGUGACAAUAUGUGCUCCUGCUCCCAGUGCCAGCCGUCGUCCUACGCCUUCGGGCCCAAUUGUGUGGCCACCUGCCCGGACUCGCUGGCUCCGGAUCUGGAGCGGCUCAUGUGCGUGCCCUGCCAGGACCGGCAGUGCCUCGACUGCUCGAGCUCGCACCGGAUCUGCAAGGAAUGCGCCCCGGGGCUGGCGCUGCAGGAGGGCGUGUGCGUGGAUGUCUGCUCGGUCGGGUGGUACUUGACACCGACGAGCCCCACGCCAACCUGCCAGCCGUGCCAUCCAUCCUGCCUGGAUUGCGAAACAUCCAACCUGGCCACCGCCUGUACCGCCUGCCCGCCACCGCUGGUCCUGCGCCAGCCGCCAGCUCCAAGCCCCCCGGUGACGGCCAGCGACUGUGUCGAAGACUGCAUGAAUGACCCCUCCCAGUGUGCCAUCUGCCGGGAGGGAUGCGCCUCAUGCAGGCUCCGUGUCCCGGGCGGCGACCGCGAGGACUCGCUGUGCAUCAGCUGCCAGACAAACUGGUACCUGCUCGGGGAUCAGUGCGUCCAGGCCUGCCCCUCGAAGUAUGCCCAGCUCCCGGGAUUCUGCGCUCCCUGCCAUGACACAUGCGCCGAGUGUGCCGGCGGGUCCGGCUUCAACCAGUGCACCCUCUGUCCCCCGGGGAGCCUGCAACAGGCCGGCCAGUGCCGGGAAUCUUGCGAGGUCAAUGGCUGGUUCCAAUCUUCCCCGACCAUGUGCAGCCGCUGCCACGACACCUGCCUCCAGUGCAACGGCCCGGCAGCCACCCAGUGCCUGGUGUGCAACCGGGGCCGGCUUCUCGUCCGGGACGCCGGCUCGCAGCGCUGCGUGUCCACCUGCCCUGCCGGCCUCUAUGCCGACUAUGCCAUCAGCGAGUGCCUGCCCUGCUUUGGCACAUGUGCCAGCUGCUCCGGCCCGGGCAAGAAUGCCUGCUUCAGCUGCAUAGCCGGGACUUUCCUGCACAAUGGCGAGUGCCUGAUCCACUGCCCGGGCGGCAUGUAUGGCCAUGCGCCGGCCAAUGGGACCGGCACCUGCCAGCCCUGCCCGACGGGGUGUGCCAUCUGCUCCGGGCCCCUGGCCAGUGAAUGUGGGCAAUGUGUGGCCAAGUGGUUCUUCCUGCCCAGCAGUCCCGAGCCCGGCUCGGCGUCGAGUUCCAACUCGGCGUCGAGUUCCAGCUCGGCCCCAGGCUCCGGCUCGGCCCCAGGCUCCGGCUCGGCCCCAGACUCCGGCUCGGCCCCAGGCUCCGGCUCGGCCCCAGGCUCCGGCUCGGUCCCAGACUCCGGCUCCACAGCAUACAUUGGCAUGACUCUGGGCACUUGCUUCAGCACUUGUCCCGCCGGGACAUGGGGCAACCCAACGACCAGCCUGUGCGAACCCUGUGCCGGGCUGUGCGCCGCCUGCUCCGGGCGAGUUGAUUUCUGUACCGAAUGCGCCGGGCCCAGCAUGUGGGCCAGCCUGGGGGGAUCUUGCUCGGCGGAAUGCCCCACUGGGGAGGCUCGACCCGCGCCGACACAUGCGGAUUACUCGAUCCGCCGGUGCCGGGCCUGCCAUGCCUCGUGUGCCCGGUGCUCCCUGGCCGAGUCUCCCUCCGCCUGUGAGGCAUGUCCUGUGGGGCACUUUGCCCUGGCACCGGGGGCCUGUGUGCCUGAGUGUCCGAGCGGGUACUACGAGGCCGCGUGGGCGGCUGAUCCCGGGCUUCCCGCCGCGGAUCUCGGCCAAUGCAUUGCCUGCCCGCAGGGCUGCGACAAGUGCACCGGGCCCCCCGAAUCGCAAUGCAUCCGAUGCAAGCCGGGCCUCGUCCUCCACGAGGGCACCUGCGUGGCAUCCUGUCCGGCGACCCAAUUUGUCGAGGUCAAUGGCGUGUGCCAGGCCUGCCCGAGCAGCUGCCUGAUCUGCCGGCCGCCCGACCAGGCGUCCGGGCCCGAGCCCACGUGCAGCCGCUGCCAGGUGGAUUUCUGGCUGGCCCAGGCCGAGCCCUCGGCCUCCGGCGCCAGCUCCAUUGCUGGCCCCGGCACCCUCGCAUGCCUGGCCAGCUGCCCGGAGGGAUGGUAUGGUGGCACGCUUCCCGGGGCCGGUGGCGGUGUAUGCCUGGCCUGCCAUGCCAAGUGUGCCACCUGCAACGGGCCCGGCCUCGAUGCCUGCCAGGUCCUCUGGUGCGAACUUGAUCAGACCUGCCCCGAGGAGCCCGACAAGCCCUCCAGCGCCCGUUUGGAGAUCAUCAUCCCGGCCAGCGUGGUGUCGGGUCUGGUGGUUCUCCUUCUGCUGGCGGCCGUGGUGGUUUUGCUGUACUCCCGAUCCUCGAGGCGCUCGACGGCGACCAAAUCCCGGCGGGAUAUCGACCCGGCCGACAGCGAGUCGGCACAGCUCAGCUACGACAUGACCGUGCUCAAUACCAUCACCCACCUUUCGCUCCCCGGCUUCCUGCUGGUCAAUUUGGACAUCGACUUCUACCGCGACAAAGCGCCCACCGAGGAGGAGGACGACGCCCUCCUCGGCCAGGGGUCCCAGGCCAGCGUCUACAAGGCGCGCAUCCUGUCCCAGGCGUGUCGCCAGCGGGCCGACAGCGAAUGGGCCGCCAUCAAGCUCUUCAACAGCUCCCUGCUGCCCAGCGAUGCGGAGGGCGCCUUCCAAAAUGAAGUGUCCAUCAUGUGGGCACUUCAAGGGUCGCCACAUGUGGCCCGGAUGAUCGGCUACUCCGCCACGCCUCGAGCUAUUGUCAUGACGUACUACAGCGAAAACCUGGAGAACCUCCUUCACCGAGACGAGAUCGAACUUGACAGUGUCAAUACCUUCCGCGUGGCAAGCGAUGUUGUCAACGGCAUGGUCUUCCUCCAUGGGGAAGGGAUUGCCCAUUGCGACUUGAAGCCCGGCAAUGUGCUGCUGUCGGUUUGCACGCAAACCGGCCGGCUGAGCGGCGUGCUGACGGACUUCGGCGUUUCGCGUGCCGUGGCCCGGGAAACAACCCUCACCAUCAAAACCGAGAUCGUCGGCAUGAGCAUCAAAUUCGCCUCGCCCGAGAUGAUCCGCAUUUUCACCCUGCCCAAGGGCGUUUCUCGCGUCGAGGCGACCAUCUUCCUGGAGUCCGAUAUCUACGCCCUCGGGAUUCUCCUCUGGAGUAUGGUGUCCAAGUCGACCCCGUGGAAGAACCUCUCUACGACCGAGAUCCAGACCAUGGUCCUGUCCGAUCAGCGCCCACCUGUUGACCAGGCGGCCAUCCGCCUGGACUUGGAUGCCCCGCAUGUCCGGUCACUGCUCGACCUGGCGGUGAGAUGCUGGAACGGCGAUCGCAGCAUGCGCCCGACAUACACAGACCUUGUGGGGCUCGAGUGGCUGACGCAAUAGCCUCGAGCUUGGGCACAUUGUGACGGCCCUGGCAGGAGUUGCCCCGUCACAGCACACACAAAGAGAGGGAGAGAGCGCGCGCGCGAACCCCAUGUGCACAGCCAUUCCUUGCUCCCCUCCCUCCGCCGGAAAAUGAAUCGAAGAAAAAACAACACACGAUGCACA